GCAUUAAGACAAAAGAAGCAAAAUGAAUUGGGACUGGGCUGUGGGUGGCAUAACGGACGAAAUACCUAGGACAACCGGACCCGAGUGCAUCAACUAUAUGACCGAUCGACGGCGCUGGACCGAAACGGCACUGCUCUCCGUUCUCUUCGUCUACAUCAUGCAUGGAUCGUGGAAGCGCUUAGCUCCCAUUCGCUUACCGCCCGCACACGAGAUCCAGAAGCCGCAUAGUGCGAUGCGUCUGCUGCUGCUCAUAUCAAUGUCCGUCAUCUUUGGCAUCGAGAUGGGCUUCAAGUUGGCCGGCGGAUCGAUGAUCUUUGCACUGAAUCCCUGUCAUGUGCAAACGUGUCUUCAGAUAUAUUUGCUGGCCGCCAAGCCCACGAAGACCACAACCGCCCUGUUUCGCAUUCAGAUGAGCAAUUUGAAUGGUCCUUUCCUCGCGUUUUUAUUUCCCGAAGUCGAGGGUCGCACCUAUCCUUUCGAGCAGGCCACCUACUGGAUACAGCACGCUCUGCUCUACCUUAUACCCAUAUACAUCUUGAGGACUGGCGCCUACACCAUCGAGGAUCUGGGUGACUUUAAAUGGUCCAAAAUUGGCACCGCCUUUAUGCUCUUCUAUCAUUUUGUGCUGCUCUCGCCGCUCUCCAUAUUGACGGGCAUCAAUCUGGAUCAUAUGCUGUGUGCAGCCGUGUCGGAUCCGUUUCAGGGCCAGAACUACAGACUGUUUGCAUGCUGUCAUCAGGCGCUGCUCUGUCCGCUGCUCAGCAAGGGCACAGCCCUGAUCUUUGCCUCGAAGAAGAGUCGCUGCAAUGAGAACGCCAUACAUAAUAAUGCUGUCGAUGGUUGUGAGACUUACAUGCCGACGGGAUCCGUAUCGGGUUCGGGCGCGGGAUUGGGAUUGGGAUCGGGACCGGGUUCGGAUCAUGUGCUAUAUCAUCAGAUGCCGGUGCAGCAGGAGUACAUGUCAGCAGAUUCAAUAACAGCUGAGUACACGAUGCCGACCACUAAAAUUGACUAGUACAGCGCGUUCAUGGGCACUAGGAUAUGUCUAUGUCGAUUAUACCCGUCAAUUUAUAGACUAUUAGUUGAGUUAGGGAGAACAGCAAUAACAUCAAGAGUUGGGCUUGGUUCCUACGGAAGCGAGUGACCGACUAUAGCUAGUCUAGUCUAGAGCUGUUUCAAAACAAAAAAUAUGUUAAAAUGUAUAUAAUACUCGGAAUAAGAUUUAUGCUCAUUGAGGUUUGCUUCAAACGAAAUGAAACAGUUCGAAAAGUUCUAGCUCGUUCAAUUAUAAUGCAAUUUUACAUUUGAUAGUUGGUGUAAAAUCAAAAGGCAUGCAUACAAUAAUAUGUACAUUUUUAAACGUAAGCGACAUACAAAAUAUACCUAAAUAAAUAAUCAAGCUCA